AUGUCAAAGCUGGACCAGUCCGCUUGGUCCGCCAACACUGGCAGUCCAUCGAGUGUAUGGAAUGGCCGUGCUCCUUCGACACUCGACGCUGAUGCCGUCACCACUGCUUCCACGUCGAAUGUCAGCACUCCUAGCCGCGGUCCCACUGCUCUCGACGCCAAAGAUGUGUCAGCCAACGCUCCCGUCUUUACCCCUUCUCCUCUGCUUCCACAAGAUGGCUCUGCAUGGUCUAUCCAACCUCCUGGCUCAUUGACCUGGGCCAACGAUCUGACAACAAGACCACCUCCCACUGAUCUCAUCAGCGAGUCCGCUUCUUCCAGUCCAAAUGCAGUCAAACGUGUCGCUCUCAAAAACCCACCAUCCGCUCCAAACCCUUCUUCUUCGCCUUGCUCUGCACUCGAGUCGAACGACACCGCCGAUAGCACCGCUGCAAAUGCAUCGCCAACCCACGUCGCCAAAAAUCGCCCUGCCAAGCCGGCUGCACCCGUACCAAAACGUGCCCCAAUACGCUCGGCCACCUUGGACCCGAGUCACCUCGCCAGCAAGAGCAGGCUUAGCGAUGAGAUCCAUCACGACCCACUACCCUCCGGCCAAGCUGCAGCAUCCCAAGAUGAAGAGCUUGUUGUCGAUGGUAUGGCCACACUCACCAUUGCUACCGACUCCAGCGCUGCUUUAUACCCAGUUGGCUUCCAGUCGCCUCCACCACCCCUCAUCGGUGUUGGUGGUCAUCAUCACAUGCAUCGUCCGACCGCCUCCUUCCCACCCCCUCCCUUCAGUCCAGGCGGCGAAGCAUUCAUGCAUCCCUCCCCCUACCUUCCCGGCAGCGGCGCACGAUCCCCGGAUGGAUAUACACACGGAUAUCCCGGCGUAACACACAUGCUUCCAGGUAUGGCACCCAUCGAUAUGUCUGGCUACGAAUCUUACCGUACCACUCCUGACCCGUACGCGCCUACCAUGCCUGGUCGAGCUAUAUUUGCUUCGCCUGGUUCGCAAGGAUCUACGCCACAGAGUCCUUCGUUUGGGCCCGCAUCGAUGCGGAAUGGCGAGGCGCUUUUCUAUCCCGGUGUAGUACCUGGCUUUGCUCCUCCACCGCAUAUGCAAGCGGGGAUGGCUUCGCCGGUGAGACCUGUGAUAGCGCCUGCUUCUGCGCAGUACGCUUUUCGUCCUGCUGGUGUGGACGGUCGGUCGUCGCAGUUGGCUCAAUCGCCUAUGAUCGCGCCGGGAAUGCCAAUACCGGUUAUGGGGGGGAUCAUGUUGCCUCCCACAAGUCCUUCUAUGGCUGGUGGCGGGGCUGAUAGUCGUGGAUCACCUGCUCUUUCUCAAUCCUCGCCGUACUCACAGGGCCCUCAUCGUAGAAUGGGAUCCGGAGGUGCAGGCGAACCAUUUGGAUCAGGAAUGACCAUGUCACCCCGACCUCCCCUUGCUAUGGCACCCAACCACCACCAAGCAGGACCAUUCGUAAUGGGAGGUGGACCUAUGAUCGGCUGGAACGCUCACAGGUUCCACGACCAUCGUCGAGUGCCUACUGGUCCAGGUGGGGUUAUGGCUCCAGUGGGAGGCUAUGGUGGAGCUCCUCCGGCUAUAGAUCCCAACUUUGUCCGCAACGGUGGUGGAUUCUACUCGGCACCCUUCCCCCCACACCACCACCACCACCACCACCACCAUCAUCAUCAUCAUCCGGCUUCGCACAACGGUACCUGGAGCAGUAAUGGAGGACCUCACCACUCUCGCAGUCCUCUUUUGGAAGAAUUCCGCUCUCGGCACUCGAAAAAUCGUCAAUUCGAACUUGCUGAUAUCUGUGGAAGCAUUGUCGAGUUUAGCAGCGACCAACAUGGGAGUCGGUUUAUUCAGGAGAAACUCGAUAGUGCUUCGGAUGAAGAGAAGAAGCUGGUGUUUCACGAGGUUUUGCCGCAGGCCAGACAGUUGAUGACGGAUGUGUUUGGGAAUUAUGUUAUUCAGAAGAUGCUGGAACAUGGGGAUGAAGAGCAGAGGGAUGUUUUAGGUAGGGAGAUGGAGGGACAUAUUCUCUCUCUCUCGCUCGGUACGUAUGGUUGUCGGGUGGUGCAGAAGGCUUUCGAUCACAUCUCAGCUUCUCAGCGGGAGAAACUAGCGGCGGAAUUGGAUGGGCACAUCAUGCAGUGUGUUCGGGAUCAAAACGCCAACCACGUCGUUCAGAAGGUGAUUGAACGAGUGCAUCCCACAAAGAUGGAUUUCAUCCCGAAAGCGUUCAUCGGUCAGGUAGCCUCUUUGGCGUCGCACUGUUACUCGUGCAGGGUUUUGCAAAGGUGUUUCGAGUGUUGUGAAGAAGGACAGACCCGGGCUUUGUUGGAAGAGUUGCAUGCGGAAGCGUUUGGUUUGAUGCAGCAUCAGUAUGGGAACUAUGUCAUUCAAUGGGUUUUGCAGAGCGGUAAGCCGUAUGAUAGAGCCAGAGUGAUCUCCAAGAUCAAAGGUUUGGUUUUAACUCUUUCUAGGCAUAAGUUCGCAUCUAACGUUAUUGAGCAAGUCAUUCGUACUUGCAAUAGCACAGAUCGUAACGAGCUGUUGGAAGAAAUCCUAACCGCCACCCCACUACCUAGCCCCUACUCUUCAGAGGAAAACACAGCCAACGCUGCUAGGCCAUCACCAUGCAAAAUAGCCCCCGCGGUUCUGAUGAUGAAAGACCAGUUCGCAAAUUACGUCCUCCAGCGCUUCUUGGAAAAAGCUGACACCGAACAAAGAAGCAAGUUGAUUGACCUAGUCCAUCCCAGUCUGAUCGCGGCGAGAAAGGGGGGGAUGGGUAAUACGACAAAGCAUCUCGUCGCCAUCGAGCGGUUGAUCGAUGUUCUCCUUUCCGAAGCAUCAGCAGCAGGCGGAGGAGGAGCUGCAGGUGGUCAAAAUUAA